AUGAAGAGAAUAAAUGAAAAAGGAAUUGGUGAUAUCAUUAAUGUCAGCGAUGUAAUGAUGAAAAGAAAUUUUGACUCAUUAUUUACAAAACCGAAAACAGAAUAUAGUCUUUAUGACGUAAUUACCGAAUUAAUGAAAAAGAUUAAUGAUAAUAAGAGUUCUGGCGGAAGAGUUGAAUUAGAAGUGAAUGAUGUUAAUGAGAAAUUAGCCGAAAAAGCAAACAAAAAUGAGCUUUUAGCUCUGAGUGAUAAAGUCAAGAACCACGUUCAUUAUAUAACUUCAGACGAACAGAUUAUAACGGACUACCAUGGAUAUUUAACACGAAGUGAUGAAGUGAAGACGGAAGACCCCAAUGAAAGAAGAUAUAAAUACAUUCGUGCUAAAGGUUAUGACAUAAGCUGUACUGUACAGUAUGACACGGGUAAAGCACCAGAAGCAUUUAGUUAUAACGAUGAAAUUUAUGCCUCUACUUUCUCUGUUAAAGGUGUAUUAGUUGAACCAAGAUUUACUUUGAGAGUUAAGUCAAAAAUAACGUUUGAAGAUGCUAUUAAAAGUAAAGCUGACAAAGUUGAACUCGAAGCAAUGAACAAAGUUUUGAAAUCUCAUAAACACAACAUCUCCGAUAUAAAUGAACUUCAAGCUACAUUAGACAGUAAAGCCGACAAGAACCAUACACAUAAAUCCUUCACUACUGUUAGAGCAGACGACAUAAUAUUGAACUAUACCCUUGGUUCAAGUGCACCAUUAGAAAAUCCAAGUACAAGCGUAAAAGAUACACUAAACUCCUUAAAUAGUAAAUGUAUGAACAUUGAAGGUCAUGCCAGAAACUUUGAAACCCAUGAACUACCAGCAAUGUUAGAGAAGAAAGCAGACAAGAACCAUACACAUACAAGUUUUACAACUGUUGCUAUAGAAAGUAUUGAAGGAACGGUUGAAGAACCUGAUGGGGAUGUAUUAUAUUGUAAACCUCCUAACUUUCCACAAGGUUUAACAUCGGAGGAAAACAUAACGACGAUGAGAAACAUUAGAUGUAAAGAUGUUUAUGUCAUGAAGGAUGAACAUAAUAUUAAAUUCACUGCUCAAGAUUUAUAUGACAAGAAGGCUGACAAAACAGAGCUUCAAACAUUAAAGACUGAAAUACUUCAAACAUUAUAU